CGCAGUGAUGCCAACUGAAAACAAACAGGGCAGAUACUCGAACCACCCGCCGUGAUCUGUUCGCUUUAUCCCCAGUGUUACGGUCCUAUUGCAUCUGCUGUCUGAUCCCUUGCUUUGGGAGAGAUGGCUGCCCUCCUCGGACGCAUGGGCUGCGUGGCCCUGCAGCUGGUGGUGAGGCAGGGUGGCGUGACCCAGAGGGCCCCAGCGCUGCAUUUCAGUAUGUCUGCAGCUGCUCUAGCUGCCAGUGGCAAUAAAAACAGCUUCCCAGUGGUGUUCCCCCAACAGGAGCUGAGAAAACGCCUCACUCCAAUGCAGUACCACGUCACCCAGGAGAGGGGCACUGAAAGGGCCUUCACAGGAGAGUUCGCGGACCAUAAGGAAAAGGGGACGUACACCUGUGUCGUCUGUGACACGCCCCUGUUCCAGUCUGAUACAAAAUUUGACUCUGGUUCAGGAUGGCCCUCCUUCUUUGACCUCGUCAAAGAGGAGUCUGUCACUGUGACGGAUGACUUCUCCUACGGCAUGCACCGACUCGAGACCAGCUGCAGUCGGUGUGGAUCCCAUCUGGGACACCUCUUCGAUGACGGUCCUCCCCCAACAGGAAAGCGCUACUGCAUCAACUCUGCCUCCCUGGCCUUCCACAAGCAGGGGGCAGCGGGGGGUACCAAAGGGGGGAGGGCUGGGUGAGGACAUCUCAAUGAAAGG